AUCCGACGGCUGAGACCAGCCACACAAACCCUCAAUAUAUAUUCGCUCGCCCCCCGCUGCGUCUCGCCGCUCCUACACCGCGCCGUCGCCAGCAGCCGCCGCCGCUGCCUCUCCUCCUCCUCCCCUCGCCGCCGAUCCAAUCCGGUCACUUUCAGUCUUUUUUCUUGAGGGGGAGAUGGCGGUUUCUUUCACCAACGUUAGCUCAGAGGCAGGCCUCAAAAAGCUCGAUGAGUACCUUCUCACUCGCAGCUACAUCUCUGGGUACCAAGCCUCCAACGAUGACUUGGCUGUGUACUCUGCAUUUUCAACUGCGCCCUCUUCAAGCUAUACCAAUGUUGCUAGGUGGUUUACUCACAUUGAUGCACUCCUACGUCUGAGUGGAGUUACUGCUGAUGGUCAAGGCGUAAAGGUCGAGUCGACAGCUGUUCCUUCAGCUUCAACCCCUGAUGUUGCUGAUGCAAAGGCUCCUGCAGCUGAUGAUGACGAUGAUGACGAUGUUGACCUUUUUGGUGAGGAGACUGAAGAGGAGAAGAAGGCAGCUGAGGAGCGUGCUGCUGCUGUCAAGGCUUCUGGCAAGAAGAAGGAAUCUGGGAAGUCCUCAGUGUUGCUUGAUGUCAAACCAUGGGACGAUGAGACUGACAUGACCAAAUUGGAAGAAGCUGUGAGGAAUGUUAAGAUGGAAGGCCUCCUUUGGGGCGCAUCCAAGCUUGUCCCGGUUGGUUACGGUAUCAAGAAAUUGCAAAUCAUGAUGACCAUUGUCGAUGAUCUUGUGUCGGUUGAUAGUCUGAUUGAGGACUACUUCUACACCGAACCAGCGAAUGAGUACAUCCAGAGCUGCGACAUUGUUGCGUUCAACAAGAUCUAGAUCUUCCUUGAGUCAGGUGAUGGCGAUCGGUGCACAAAGAUAAAAAGAAAAAUCCGGAAGUUUGAAUUACCGUUGAUACUUCAAUCUAGAAGUUUGAAUUACCAUUGAUGUGUCGUUCGUGGUGUCAACUAGUACUUGAGCCCGUUUUGUGUUGAGAUUGUAGCACUCUACUUCUACUGAGAUCGUUUUCUCCUCCUUUAAUGUUUAAAGACCAAUCAGGUUAUUAUUACUGUGUCUGCCUGUGUCACCAUAGCGGCAUUGUUGGUCGAUCCAGUUUUGAUGCGGUCUUCAA